AUGGGUUCUUGUCUGGGUAAAAAAUCAUCAUCAGCUGUUCUGGAAGCAGUCCAUCCAACUGCAAUAAUUCCUGUGGUUGAUUCCACUACCUCUCUAUCUACUCCUACUGCAAUCGUCAUUGAACAAUCAACCGGAAAUCAUACUAAAACAAAUUGCGUCACAACGGUUGCAACAAAACUGCCCAAUACUAGUCCACCACUAUUUGUGGCAUUAUUCGAUUACGACGCACGAACAGACGAAGAUCUAAGUUUCAAGAAGGAUGAAUUAUUGUAUAUAUUGAACGAUAUGCAGGGCGAUUGGUGGUAUGCUAAGAGUAAAACGACCAAUUUGUCCGGUUACAUUCCAUCAAACUAUGUCGCUCGUGAGAAAAGCCUGGAUGCACAAGCGUAA